AGACAAUACUGACACUACAGAACAAGUGGCCUUAGCAGGAGAUGCACGGUGUGACAGCCCUGGUUUCAGUGCAAAGUAUUCAACAUACUCGUUCAUGAACGAUGCCACACAGGAGAUCGUCCACUUCGAAUUAGUUCAGGUUACAGAAGCUUCCAGCUCAGUUGCCAUGGAGUUGACAGGAUUCCAAAGAGGCCUCGACCAUCUCCAGACCCAGGGCGUGAAUGUGGGUGUUGUCACUACAGACCGAUCUCCGUCAAUCCGAAAAACUAUGAGGGAGACCUACUGCGACAUUCGGCACGAGUUUGAUGUGUGGCACGUGAACAAGAGUGUGAAGAAGAAGCUUGUCAAUGCGGCAAAUAAGAAGGAAAACCAAGAUUUACAGACCUGGCUGAAGUCCAUAAGCAAUCAUUUAUACUGGUCUUGUAGCUCAAGUCACGGAGAUGGUGAGGAAUGUGUACGCCGCUGGAAAUCACUGCUCCAUCACAUUGUUGGCAUACACCGGUGGGAGGAAGAUGGGGAACAACACACCUGUCAUCAUGCCCCUUUGACAGACGAUGAACAGCGCAGGAAAAGGUGGAUGAAGGUGGAUUCCCCAGCAUACAAGUCAUUGAAAAGUAUUGUCCUGGACAAAAAUCUACUACGUGACUUGAAGCAGAUGGCCGUAUUCAAGCACACCGGAGAGUAUGUUAUAACUGGUUCUUGA